AUGUCCACCGUGUUUACUUCCCCUGUUGCUGCUGGCAACGAGGGAAACCCCUGGAGAUUUUCACCCUGCUCCAUCAAGUCCAUCAAGGCAUUCCUGGAUGAGGUCACAUGUACUCUUCCAGAACAUACUUCCAGGAUUCAUCAACUUCCAAUGCCCAGUGAGAGCAACAGAGCGGGACAAGUUCUCUUCAGAAACGCACAGUGCGUCCUGGCGUUUCAGGACUCUAGAAGUUCAUUUUGUCAAUCAAUACAAAUGCAGAACGGUGGACUCAACAGUUUGUGUGGUGGCAUGUACUGCAGCAUUCCUGGUGACUGGAUGGGAGCUUGUCAAACUGUAGUUCCUCAGGAGUUUACUCCGUGCGGGACCGGCAAG